AUGCCUGAAUCCUAUGAUACCGAAAAUGGGAUAUCCACCCAAGAAUCUGGAAACUUAGUGGUGGCUGGUUCAGGUUCCGCUAUUGCAGCUGCAGGAUCUUACCAGUACACAUCCCCCGAAGGAGUACCUGUACAAGUUUCUUACCUUGCUGAUACAAAUGGAUUCCAACCUUCUGGAAACGUAUUACCAACCUCUCCACCUAUCCCUCCAGCAAUACAGAGAUCGCUCGACUAUAUCGCGGUUCAUCCCUCAUCCCCUUCUGUUGGCACUCCAUUUGUCAGAAAAUAUUAUAAGUAGAAUGUUCCAAAAGUUAUGUUAAGUUAAUUACUUAGAAAUAUAUAUGGUUGACUCAGA